CAAUGCAUCAGCAACAAAGUUUGAAAACGUUCGCUGUUUAAUGUAAAAAUGUAUUGCUAUAAACUCUGUGUGUCACUAAUUUCUUUUUUCCUGAGUUUUCCCUAAUUACUUUUUUCCCAGUUUUUUAUAUUUUCACUUUCACAUUGGGCUCAACGCGGUUAUUCUGAAUUGAAAGAGACGUCAGAAGGAGCAGGUCGCCUGAGACCGAGGACGCCUCAUUGGGAGAAAGUGCCGAUCGAGGUCGGCGUGCACAGCAGCCCGGACGGAACACAUGCAUCCACACCCGGGCUGAGAGCUACGGACAACUUCUGCCGGAGUUCAGGCCCCCGCGCAGCGUGAUGUAGCUGCGUCGGCAUGUCGGAGCCCAGUGUGGAGAUCUCAGCAUGGCUCUCCAGCCUACGCUUGGGUCAGUACGGGCCUUGCCUGGCCCGCGCCGGGUACUGUCGGCUACGUGACUGCUGGGGCCUGAGUGACCAGCAGCUGUGGGAGCUGGGUGUGCUUCCCACGGGCCACCGUCGCCGCAUCCUGCGCAGUCUGGAAACCCGCCCCCCCUGUCAGGCCGUGGCGUCGUCCUACUUGCUCUCCUGGGGGGUAAAGAGGGCUGCCCCCUUCGCUCCCAAAAAGGAUGGGGCCAGACUGGAGGAACCACAGAUGACACGGCCCCCAUCAUCAGGGGCUGGGUUGGGGGAGGCCCUCACGCCCAUCCCUAAUAGCACCAGCUCCCCACUCACCCCUGCAGAGCCUGCCACACAGAAUACCUCUGCCCCCCCAUCAAGAGACUUUAAGGGUACGAUGGUCCUGAAUGACAUCUAUGACGGGGAUGGCUGUGACGUGCUGGGAGGCUGCAUCCGUCCGACCCGCUCCUACAGGCUCAAACACCGGCCAGUUCCCGAGGUCCCGGACAAAGUCAGCGCCCUCUGGGGGGACCGAGACUCCCUGAGCUGUCAGCACCCCCAGCCCCCCGACAGCCCGCGUGCCACGCAGGAAGGGGGAAGCCUGUCUUGGGAAUGCUCAUUCAGGAGGGAGGGAGUCAUACAGGCAGGCGUACUUCCGAGCUCUGUCAUCCUGCUGGAUCACCCCAGAAGGUUAAACACCCACAGCACCUCCUUCUCUCCCUCCUCCACCCCUGGCUUUGCUUCCAUAGCUGUGGUGCCCCCCCUGACAAAACGCUGGCCCCCAUCUGUCCGUAUGGCGAGACGUUUCUCUACAACGUCGCCGACAGCAGCUCAGAUACAGCUCCUGAUGACCAGACAAGUAAAAACAAGGAGGCAUCAAAGCUCACUUCAGGGAGCACAGAGCAGAUCGGAGAACGAUGCAGUCUCUUCCUCGACCGAAACCACGCUUCUGAGAGCCAGUGGGCGAGUUCAUGGGGGACCCUCAAAGCAGGAGUGCUCCACAGAGGAGGCCUGCAGCUCUCAGUCCAGGCAUUUUGGCAUGGGGCAGGUGGCAGACAGCAGGGGGAAUGACAUCCAGCUAGCCAACCCGGACCUGGACAUCUCUCCCUAUGCCUGCUACUACCAGACCCACAAGGCCGUUCUCAAGGCUGGCUGGCUGGACAAGCUUUCCCCGCAGGGGAACUGUGUGUAUCAGAAGAGAUGGGUGACAUUUGACGGGGAGCAUCUCCGCUAUUACAGUAACGACAAAGAUAUGUAUUCCAAAGGCUUCAUCCUUCUCUCAGCCGUCAGCCACAUUCGCAGCCUCGGGGACAGCAAGUUUGAAGUGGUGACGUCCCACCGGGCCUUCGUUUUCCGCGUCGAGAAGGAAGGAGAGCGGUACGACUGGAUCAAUGCCCUGCAGAUAGCGAUCCGGAGUCAGCCCAGCGCAUCCCAGCUGCGCUCCAAGCCCAGCGCAGCCAAAUGCGGCUAUGUGGAGCUGCACGGCUACAAAGGAAGAGUCUUCCUGUCCCUGAUGGGAGCCCAAGUGAGACUUUAUAAAGCCGAGCAGGACUUCAAAGCCGGGAUCGGGGUGGCCAUUGUGGAGCUGGCUGCCGCCCACGUGAAGGAUGUGGAGCGAAAGGGCUUCGAGAUUAAUACCCCCUUUAAAAACUUCUGCUUCACGGCAGAGUCGGAAAGGGAGAAGGAGGAGUGGAUUGAAGCGGUCCAGGAAUCGAUAGCCGAAACUCUCUCCGAUUAUGAAGUGGCUGAGAAGAUCUGGUUCAAUAAGUCCAAUCGGAGCUGUGCGGAUUGUUCAUCGCCGUUGCCGCAAUGGGCGUCCAUCAAUCUGGGAGUUGUCAUUUGUAAGAAGUGUGCAGGUCAGCACAGGUCACUGGGUUCCAGCAUCUCUCAGGUGCGAAGCCUCAAACUGGACCACAGCAUCUGGAGCAAUGAACUGGUGGAGCUCUUUCUCACCAUCGGCAACAAGAACGCCAACCUCUUCUGGGUGGCGAACCUGUCCCCGGAGGAGGAGCUACAGCCUGGGGCAGCUCCAGAGCGGCGGGCUGCCUUCGUACGCAGGAAGUACUGGGAACGGAAGUACACGCGCACGCUGGAGGGCCUCCAGAGCCAGGAGGAGCUCAACAAGGGAGCCGACAGCCGCCCGGUCACAAGGAUCCCGGUGUUUACAAAUAAGCAGCCUGGGGCCGGCGAGCCCCAUAUAUCGUGUUUAUUCAUCACGGACCUUUGUGGGACUGGAAAUUUCCCUAAGCUGGACCCUGUGUAUGGAAAGAAGUUCCCUCGAAAUGCAUCCUUCUUCAAAAGUGGCUUCCUGUACACCGCUCUCAGCGUGGGUCGACCCGCAGUGGACAGGAGAGCCCGAGAAGAGAUGGUGCAGAGGUGGUGCACGCUGGAGGGCGGCUUCCUGAGUUACUACGAGAGCGAGCAGACGGCCACAGCGAUGGGUCGCAUGGACCUGGCGGAGAUGGUGACUCUGGCAGUGUGUAGGGUGGACACCCCCCACAGGGUCAGCUCCAAGGCCGCCUUCACCUUCGAAGCAUUCCUGACGGCAGAGCGCGUCUUCACUUUCGGCACUGAGACGUCUGAGGUGCGCAGGCAGUGGCUUCAGGCCCUGGCCAAGUGCUUCGUCCCUCUGCCCGUGGCCCACUUGCGGGACAAAGACUACGAGCUGAUUGGGCGCCUCUACUUCAAAGAUGGUCAUGACCUUAACUUCUGGAGGGUUGGCUGGUUCACCCUGGAGGAAUCCAACCUGUACUUCAGCUCUGGGGAGGGCGACAGCGAGUCCCACCUAGGGCUGGUCCAGCUGAAGAGGCUCCAGGAGCUCACUGUAUCUACUCGCACAGUAGGACAGGACAAGAUGGAUGUACUGCUAAUGGUGGAGAGCGGGAGGACCGUCUAUGUGCACGGCUUCUCCAGGGCGGACUUCAGCCUGUGGCGUGGGGCCAUCUUCCGGGCAGCGGGCACGGAUGGGCGUGCCCUCAGCAGCCAGCAGCUGAGUAAACAUGACGUGCCCAUCGUGGUGGAGAGCUGCGUGGCCUUUGUCACGCAGUAUGGUCUGGCCUAUGAGGGUAUCUACCAGAGGAAUGGCAAUCCGCAGCGGAUGGCUCAGCUUCUGGAGAGCUUCCAGAAGGAUGCCAGGAGUGUCAAGCUGCGGGUUGGCGAGCAACAGCUUGAGGAUGUCACUGAUGUGCUGAAGAGCUUCCUGCGUGGCCUGGAAGACGCGCUGCUCACCAAGGAGCUCUACCCCUUCUGGGUCUCCAUUUUAGAUGAAGAGGCUGAGAAGGCGAGAGUGCGGAAGUACUGCACCCUGAUCCAGAGCCUGCCCAAGAUCAACAGGACCACCCUGGGGGCGCUAAUGCAGCACCUGUACAGGAUCCAGAAGUGCUCCAGCAUGAACCAGAUGGUGACCCACAACCUGGCCUCAGUGUUUUCAUCCUGCCUGUUCCAGACAGAAGGGCAGAUGAGCCAGGAGGUCCGUGUCGUUGAGGACUUGAUCAACAACUUUGCGGAGCUGUUCGACGUUAACGAAGACCAGGUCAAGCAAAUGGAGACCGAAAAUAGCUUCAUUAUGAGUUGGAAAGACAUAACGUUGUCUCGGGCCGGAGAUCUGAUCUUCGAGGUCUAUCUGGAGAAGAAGGAAGCGGAGAACUGCUGCUUAAUCAAAGUGUCUCCCACCAUGCGGUCUGAAGAGCUGGCCGAUGCUGUCCUGAGCAUGAGGAAUGUCGAGGUGCUGGAUGCGGCCGACCUGUGGACCACAUUUGAGACCAUUGAGAAUGGAGAGCUGGAACGUCCGCUGCAUCCCAAGGAGAGGGUUCUGGAACAGGUCCUUGAAUGGAGUGCUCUAGAAGACCCUGGCUCAGCCUUCUUGGUCAUAAAGAAAUUUUCAGCAGCCAAAAUGGCGGCCUACCAGAAAGAUGGGGCAAAGGACUUUCUCAGAGGGGACCUUUUCCGGUUCAAGGACGGAUCAUCCAAGCUGCUGUCGGGAAACAAGUUCCAGGACAGAUUCAUUGUCCUGCGUGAUGAGAAGCUGCUGCUGUACAAAGAUGUGAAAAGCACUAAACCGGAGAGAGAGGUUCCGCUGAGGUCAGCGAAGUGCUACUUUGGCCUGAGGAAACGGAUAAAACCGCCAACAAGUUGGGGAUUUACAGUUUACACAGAAAAGCAACAAUGCACAAACAUAGAGUCACACUGCACCCCCAUCGUGGCUGGAGAUUCUGCCAGGUUCUUCUGCUGCGUGGACCAGGAGACACAGCUGAAGUGGGUGACGGAGAUCCUCAGGGUGAAGUAUGGUGGAGAGGCAUGGCCUGCAGGGAGGAUUCAUCGGCAGCCUGCGCUUCAGAGCAACACCAGAGGGGGCACUGUGACGGCAGUCCAGAGCAGUACGCAGAAGGACGAGGAAAAGUCCAAAAAAGAGAGCCUUCCACCAGUGGCACGGAAGCCCCAGGAGGCCUGUACCGACAUCUCCAAUGCACCGUUCCACCAGAGGAUGGCUUUGGUGGCCGACUGCUUGAAGCAGAAAGACACAGCUGGGUGUCUCAUCAGCCACAGGAAGAAGGACGAGGCCAUGUGUCAGAUGUCCAGUUGGCAGCUUGGGUAUCUCGUCAGCCAAGACAGAACCCAGCCCAAUAUGGCAACUGUGGAGCAGCAAUCUCAGCUUGUUCCCAGCCUGCUGCAAGAGUUGAGCUCAGUGCUCAGCAAAUCGGGUCGAGCCAUGAGGGAUGACACCAGCUGAGGGGCUACCCUGGGUCCUCCUAUCCACUAGGGGGCACUGUGACUUCUACUUUGAAAGAGCUCUCUGCUCUGCUGUUGUCUCUGACGACCUUUUGGUAUGUUGUUAUUCAGGUCCUUCGAGCCAGUUGAGUGGGAAAAGCAAAAUGACUUAGAGUAAAACGGGAAACAAACAAAGCAGGAGAUGGUGUGGCGUCCCUGGGGGCGGAAUAUCACUUUUCUGGCCAGACAGCAGGUCAGUAUGCUGCUGCUGUUCACAGUCCUGCGGUAUCAUCGCUGACAGCUACAUAGAAAUGCAGUAUCCCGGGAUGCUGGGAUGUUGACAGGCAAAUAACGGCAGCGAUGUGGCCGUGCCGCGCGGCACUGCGUUUGUGGAGCUGUGCGUGGCUAAAGGUCCGCUCUGAGCCAGUGAUGUCGCCUUCAUUCCGUGCCAAAGUCACGCUCUUCGUCAAGAGCGCUGUCCAGCACAGCAUGAUCCACUUCUAUGUUGUUAUUACCUCUUCUACUUUUACUUAAUAAAUUAUUUAACACAG